GUAAGUAUCCGGUUUAAUAAUAAUAAACCCGUAAAGUCGUUAAGAUCUAUAGUUAUUAAUACCCUAUUUAGUAAUAUUACUUUUUAUAUUUUACUAACUAAUACUCCUUUUUUAUAUUACUUAAGGGAUAUAAAUAAGCUAGGAGUAUAUUUUAAUAAUAUUAAUAAUUUCUUAAUUAAGAGUACUACCCUUAGCCGAUUUAAAUUUAUUUUAUAA